GUGCUUGCCAUACAUAUCCCCCUAUCUCCUCCCUCCCUCCCUCCUCCCUCCUUCCUCCCCUCCCUAUCUUCCAUAUCUCAAUACGUACGAACAUCCAUCCACCCACGUCUGUAACACGACUUUUCCUUUAUCUUGUGCUAAAUUAAUUUAAAGCUUUGACUUUCGUUUCCAACUUCCCGUGUUCUGUCUAUAUAUAUACCAGGAUAAGAAGCCAACUUACUUUCAUUCAACUAAAUUCCAAAGGUUGUGGUGUCAGAGUUCGAGCACUCGAGAGUUGUUUUUUCUCUAGUAUUAACAGUUAGCAAUUCAAUCUUCGUCAUGACCAAAGCUAAACACGAUGCAUCUUCUCCUUCUUCUUCUCCUCCUCCUUUGACGGAUGAGAAGGAUAAUAAUGUGACAUCUCCAAAAUCAGCUCUGGGAAAAUUAUGUCGCAAACUGUCUUCGAGAAAGAGUACUGAAAGGCAGCGUUCUCUUUCGGGUUCUGAUUCCGAGACAACGAGCAAAUUGAUCUGCGAGCUCCAAAAGGUGUUCGACUACUUGGACGUGGAUGGAGAUGGUAAAAUAUCUCCUGCCGAGUUGCAAGGCUGCGUGACCACUGUGGGGGGCACUCUGUCCGUGGAUGAGGCGGAAGAAACCGUGAAGUCGUCUGAUUUGAACGGGGAUGGGCUGCUGGACUUCGAGGAAUUCCAGAAACUAAUGGAGACAAGCGGUGAAGAUGAAAAGAAUGACACGCUCAAAGAGGCUUUUGCCAUGUAUGAGAUGGAGGGGUCCGGCUGUAUCACUCCCACGAGCUUGAAGAGAAUGCUAAGUCGACUUGGCGAUUCCCAGUCCGUUGAGGAUUGUAAAGUUAUGAUCCGGAAGUUUGAUCUCAAUGGAGAUGGCGUUCUCAGCUUUGAAGAGUUCAGAGUCAUGAUGCACUGAUCCACCCAAUAUUGCUGCCAUUCAGCAAUAAUGUUUCCCCUUUUCUUUGCACUUAGUUCUUUCUUGUCGUACAUAUUGGUUGAUAAGAGAUUUGAUCAGUCUUACAACAGUGUAUAUAUAUAUAUAUAGAUUACGUUUGGCUUGAAUUCA